AUGAAGAAAUUCGAUAAUUAUGAUUCAUUUUUGAAACUAACAAAUAGAAUGUCAGAGAAUUCAACCCCAAUAGGAAAUAUAGUUUAAGUAUAAAAUCCAUGAUAUUUUCAAAGCCAAAACCUCAUUCUCACCCAACUAUUCUAAAUGGAUUGAGGAAUAAAAAUACUUAAUCUUAUAAAACUCUAUGUUCGCCUUCAAGGAUUUUUGACUACUCUGAUACUCCUGAAAUAGCUUAAAACUAAAAAAAUAAGUAUGAAGCAAGUGAAAGGAAGCGAUAAAUAGAAGCAAAUACUUAGAGAACUAUUAAUCCAAGUAUUGAAAAAUGCAAUUCACCUCAACAUUCGAGAAUACAAUCAAGCACUCGUUACAAUGUAAAUUAGGAGAGUACCUACAAAGAACCCAAACGCUAAGUAAAGUAAUGAAUAUUAAUUAAAAUUAGAGCAUGUACUCAAAAAUCAUAGGAUUUCAAUCAUCGAAUAAAUUUACCAAUCAGCUAAGUAAAUUGUUUUUUAAUUUAAGAUGUAAGUUAAUGAUGGCAAUGAAGAAUACGGAAAUUCUCGAACGCAUAAAAAAUCAUCAUCCAUUCAGACUUUCGUUAAUCUAUAAAGUUCUCCUAUUUAAAAUGAAUGUAUAAGAAUUAAUUAACAAUAGUCUUUUCAAUCUAUACUGAUAGAACUAGAGGAGUUCAAUAUGAAGAUAGUUUUCGCCACUUGUUAACAAGUUAUCAAAAGGCUAAUUCAAUCAAAAAUGAAGGCAAAAAGAAAUACCCCCAAAGCCGAUUAAUCUAUGAAUAGACAAAAUUAGCAGAACAAAAAGUCUUAAAACCUCAUAAUAAGGUGUUUUAAUAGAGUGAAAAUGGAUAAAAGGUAUAAAAUUGUAGAUAACACUUUAGGUAAAAUAAAUUAAAAAAGGGUAAGGAGAUUAGAACUUAAAUCAACAGAAGUCCAAUUUUAAGAUUUAUUGA